AUGGAGUACUUUGCGAACAAUCCCAAGCCCGGGUCGCUGGACCGACAUUCCCAACUCUCACGCGACUUCAUCGAGCAACACUCCAAGGCCGGUCGGCGAGUGGCUCUCGUAACAUCUGGUGGCACAACAGUCCCUCUCGAAAACCAGACAGUCCGUUUUAUCGACAACUUCUCCGCCGGAACUCGUGGCGCAACAUCCGCCGAAUACUUUCUGGAGAAUGACUACGCUGUCAUAUUCCUUCACAGGCAAUUCUCCCUCUUGCCGUAUUCUCGUCACUACAGCCACAGUACAAAUUGCUUUUUGGAUUACAUGACCGGAACCGAGGAUGGGCCGGUAGUUGUUCAAAAUGAGUACCAGCAGCAAAUGGCGGGCGUCCUGCGAAGGUAUCGAAAAGCCAAGAAGGGUAAUCUGCUUCUCCUGCUGCCAUUCACGACGGUCAAUGACUACCUCUGGCAUUUGCGAGAACUUGCUAUCCUGAUGCAGCCGCUGCAAGCGAAUGCACUAUUCUAUCUCGCGGCGGCUGUGAGCGACUUCUUCGUUCCAGCAGAUCGCAUGGUUGAGCACAAAAUCCAGUCGAGCGAGGACUUCCACACCAAGAAGCAGCCGAAGGGUAAUGGUGAACCCGAGGAGCGCACGCCAGCAGCACACAUGGAAGCUGGCUCUCUGAUCAUCGACCUGGACCCGGUGCCGAAGUUCCUGAAGCUAUUGGUCGACGAAUGGAGUCCACACGCCAUGAUUGUCAGUUUCAAGCUUGAAACUGAUCCGGCUCUCCUCGCUUCGAAAGCUAGAGGUGCAUUGGAGAAGUAUUCCCAUCACCUGGUCAUUGGCAACUUGCUUAAUACGCGGAAGUACGAGGUGUUGUUCGUAAGCAAGGCUGAGGGUGAGAAGUGGGUACGUGUGUCGGAGGAGAACAGGGCGAAGAGUACUGCACGAAUAGCGGAAGGCGGCAAGGAAGACUUCAGCGACUCCUCCGUCGAGAUUGAGAGCUUGAUCGUGCCGCAGGUGAAGGAGCUGCAUACGAGUAUGAUUCAAGCUGGAAAGACUCGUUCUUGA